GUGACCCGAUGCCACGCACGGCGCCCGACACGCUCCCCACUGCGCUGAUAAAGACCGAGGCGGACUCGUCGUCCUCAUCCAGCCCUGAGCCCUCGACUUCCUCCAUCCACAACCCCUCGUCUUCAUCCAGCCCUGAGCCCUCGACAUCCGCAAAGACAGGCAAUCCUCCCACUCGCUGCACCGUGUACAGGAGGAGGAUGCGGUCGAAGAAAGACCGGAAGGUCCUGAGCGGGGUCAUCGUCAAGCCGGAGCAGCAGCUUGAUAAAUGCGACACCUGCAGCCUAUCCCGCCACCUGGACACGGGCCACGCUUUUUACAGGGGGGACUUCUUCUGCGCUGGCAAUGAAGGGCCUGGCGGGAAGACUCCACAGGAGUGGCUGGACUCACGGGGCGAUGUGCCCCUCCCGCGCACCACCCUGUGGAGGAUGAAGAAGGCAAUGGAGCGGCCGAAGGAGGAGGAGGGACAGAGAAAGCCGCGUAAGCAGCAUAAAGUGCGGACCUGCCAGCGCUGCGGGCAUUCUCCGCUCAAAGACUACGGCCACAGCCAGCUGAACCUGCGUCGAGGAAAGGUGUCCUACUGCGCUAUGCAGGACGGCAUAAGCGUGGACCUCUGGCUGGCGCGUCAACGGGCCAGGGAGAAGGAGGAGACAAAGAAGGAGCAGAGGGAGGGAAGGCUGCGAGGAGAGGGAGAAGGAGAAGGAGAAGGAGCAGCAGCGGGAGGGAGGGAGUUCAAAGAGGAGGACACAGAAUGACAAGGGAGCUGCCCUGUGUGUCUGUGUGUCUGUGUGUGUGUGUGUGUGUGU